GAAGCAUUUCCUACUUUAAAAUGCUUCAAAUUUUCCGCCAUUAGGUUCCUCCUAUCCCUCCAGUAUAUGUGGAUGCGCAUGUCAACCACUUCUCUGCAGCACUUCACAGUCAUCCCCACAUUCUCUCUCUCUCUCAUUCACGUAGAUGGGUUGAUGAAUUGAAUGUGUAGAUCAAAUUCAUGAAAAUUGAAGUGUUUUAAACUAGGGUUGGAUUCUGAGAGCAGAUUUACUGCUACAGGAAGAGGAAAAAUGGUUAUCAUAACCCAGGAUAUGAUCAAGCAAUUCCAGAAUUUAGCUGAAACAAUUGACGAGCCACUCAAGAUCACAUUCGAGAAUUUGCAUCAAGGAUAUCCAUCUGAGACUGCGAUCCGGUUCUUAAAAGCACGAGAUGGAAACAUAUCCAAAUCCCAUAAAAUGCUUGUUGAUUGUCUAAAUUGGAGGAUUGAAAAUGAGAUUGACAAAAUAUUAUGGAAACCAAUCAUUCCUGCUGAGUUUUAUAGAUCAGUCCGCGACUCGCAGCUUAUAGGGAUGUCGGGUUACACAAAAGAUGGUCGACCUGUGAUUGCCAUUGGCGUGGGGCUCAGCACUUACGACAAAGCAUCUAUUCAUUGCUAUGUUCAAUCGCACAUCCAGAUAAAUGAAUACAGAGACCGCGUGAUAAUGCCAUCUGCAACGAGAAAGUUUGAGCGACAUAUAAGUACUUGUGUCAAGGUUCUCGAUAUGACCGGGCUCAAACUUUCGCAUCUCAAUCAAAUUAAGCUAUUGACGGUUAUAUCUAGUAUCGAUGACUUGAACUACCCGGAGAAGACCGAUACUUACUAUAUUGUCAAUGCCCCAUAUGUAUUUUCAGCAUGCUGGAAGGUUGUGAAGCCACUUUUGCAAGAAAGAACACGAAAGAAAGUUCAGGUGCUUUCGGGUUGCGGUAAAGAUGACUUACUGAAGAUAAUGGAUUACGAAUCUCUACCACAUUUUUGUAGAAGACAAGGGUCCGGAUCAUCACGGCACGCUAAAAACACCAUAGGUGAUGAUUGUUGUUUCUCUUUGGACCACGGGUUUCACCAGCAGCUCUAUAACUACACGAACCAGCAAGCUGCAGGCAUAAAGCCACGAGCCCCGGUUAAGCAAGGUUCAUUUCAUGUGGGUUUCCCUGAACCUGACCUAACCAACUAUAAAAUUGCUCGAACUAUAGAAACCGAGUUUCAUAAACUGGAGAACCAGAAUGGGUUUACUGAUGAACAAGAUGACCUCAAGUCAAAUGGAGAUCAACAUCUCAAGGAAACUAAUGCGGAGAAACUGGUGCAUAUCUGAACCAGAAUGUUGUUAUCUUCUUGUUUUUAAGUAUACGAUUAUUUUCCAUAUAUUUUGUAACUCUAUGUUGUAAUUUUAUUAACUCGUUUCGUUGGCCCGAAAUGGAACGAAAAAAAAUAGUAUUUUUGACCUUGAAAGUCGAAUAUAGCCAUGAACAAUGAAGCUCAAUAAGGUUAUGCAUUUUUACCAUCUC